AUGUUUCAACAAUUUAAAAAGUUUUCUUCAACUUUCAACUUAAAAGAUUUAAUAGACACUACUGGGAUCAAGGAAGAAGAUUUCAAAAAUAUUACUAGAGAAGGGUUACAGGUUGUUAAGAACGAAUGGGAAAAUUUUCGUUCUAAAUCUGUUGAAAUUCUGACACCAGGGUUUAGCCCAAGACUUAAUACACUUUCACUGACAACUAGUAAUAGUAGUAAUAAACCUCGUUCCCCACUUCAACUAAAUUUAUCGGCUACAAUCGAAUUAGCUACAAGAUACGAGAAUGAAUGGAAUUCUAUAAGAGAUGAAAACAAAAGAAAUUUUCAAAAUGCAACAGUAAAUGGAUUAAUUCAACAAAUAUUCGAAACAUGUAAAGAUCAUUUUGAAACAUGUGAAAUGAUCAAAUCUGAAGCUAACCAAUUACCAAAAAUAAAAGAAAUGAUAGAAGAAACUACUAAUUCUGCAAAAGAAUUGAUAGAAUUAGAAAAAAUUAUUGACGAAUAUGUUAAAAAUAAUGAAGUAAAAUCCUUUGAACAAUGGAAGCAAACUCAAAUUAUUGCAUUUGAUCAAUAUGUGGAAGAAAAAAAAAUUCUUUAUAAUCAACAUCUUGAAGAAUUCAUGGAUAAUCAUAAAGUCCAAAAGGCAAAAAUAUAUCAAACCAAUUUCGAAAUUCAAAUGGAUAAUUAUCGUAAUAGAAAAAUUAAUGAUAUUCAAUCAUUUGAUGAACAUAAUACAAUAGAUGUGUCGGAUGAUGUUGGUGAAGUACUAGAAAAAUUAGAAAAACUUGAACUUGAAACAGAAGAAGAUAGGGAUGCAUUAGAAAAUUUUCUUGAAUCAUCGAGCGAUACUGAAGAUAAUAUAACGAAAAGUUAA